GAGAGGCUUGGUUACAAACAAGUGCUCCAUCGCUCAUAUUCACUCUUUGAAAAUUUCUCGACCUCCUUUGCUGCUCUUUACUUCGUUGGUGGCGUGCGAGUAACCUUCUCGACCGGCAUUGCUGCAGGAGGUCCUCUCGCCUACUGGACGAGCUAUAUUAUCACCUGCUUUUUCACAUUCAUUACUGCUGCAGUGAUUGCAGAGGCUUGUUCUGCAUCCCCAUCUGCAGGCUCUAUUUACUUGUGGGCAGCGGAAGCUGGUGGUCGUCGAUUUGGGCGCCUCUUCGGCUUUAUCGUGGCUUGGUGGAGUACGACAGCAUGGACUACUUUUUGUGCCAGUAAUACGCAAUCCGCAGUAAACUACAUGCUUUCAGAGCUGGUGGUAUUUAAUGUGGACUUUCCCACCGACACAUCCAACAUUCGAUUUCGCGCUCUCCAAUGGAUAUGCACCGAAGUCCUACUCGGCCUCGCGGCGCUUAUGAAUCUUGCAUCUCCUCGUGUAUUUCGCUACAUUUUCUGGCUUUCUACAGGAGCCGUGUUUCUCGACUUUGUCCUCAACCUUGUAUGGCUUCCGAUAGGAGCCCACGAAACUUAUGGACUUCGUACAGCCGAGCAAGCAUUCAUGACCACAUAUAACGGCACUGGAGCUCCGGCUGGGUGGAAUUGGUGUCUUUCAUAUCUGGCUACAGCAGGUAUUCUAAUCGGCUUCGAUGCAUCCGGUCAUGUUGCCGAAGAAACCAAAAAUGCGUCUUUGAAUGCAGCAAAGGGGAUUUUUUGGAGUACAGUUAUCAGCGGCAUCUUAGGGUUCAGUGCCGUGAUUCUGUUCUUAUUUGCAUCACCUCCCAUUGAUCUACUGUUUUCUUAUGACGCUCCCCAACCAUUCGUACCUCUUUAUGCUGCGGCCUUGGGUCGAGGAGGGCAUGUUGUCAUGAACAUUCUCUCUGUUGUGGCACUAUGGUUGAACACCGCAAUUGCCAUCACCGCAGCUUCUCGUCUCGUCUUCGCCGUUGCUCGUGAUGGCGUCCUCCCUCUCUCGAAAUGGGCUUCUCAAGUCUCAGAGGAAGGCCAGCCUCGGAAUGCCGUUGUUGUCGUCUGGGCUGUUAGCGCUCUUAUUACAUGCACUAUCUUGCCUUCGGCGGUUGCUUUUACAUCUCUGGUUUCUGCAGCAGGUGUACCUUCGGCCGCUGCAUACGGGUUAAUCAGUCUAGGGCGGCUGCUCGGUGAUACUGACAAAGUGAAGCCGGCAUGGUCUCUGGGGAGAUGGAGUAAGCUAUUUCAGGCUAUUUCGGUGGUGUGGAAUGGAUGGGUCGUGGCUGUGCUCUAUUCGCCUUAUGAGUUUCCAGUUGAUGCAUCAACAUUGAAUUAUGCCCCGAUAAUUAUGGCUAUUGUCACAAUUUUUGCCUUGUUUUCAUGGUUCUUGACACCUGCUUCUAUCUGGCUGCCUCUGGGUCGAGUCAGUCAAUGA